AUGCACGCAUAUAAACCGCUACCUCAGGGUGCCCCAGGAGGCAUUAUUGGGAUCGUGGGAGGAGUCAUCGCAGCAGCUCUUAUCAUCGGUGUGGCUGUCACUGUAAUUAUUGUCUACAGGCGGCAACAAAAGAACCGCACUGAAACGGACAAUGACCUAAUUGACUUGCCUCCAUCCCACAAACCUGACCCUCCACCAAAGAGGAAACAGGAGAUGAAAAGCCACCUGACUGCAGAAGACAUCCAGGUUGUUCACUUAGACAACAUGAAACAUGAGGAGGAAAUCCAGAAAUUCCCUUUGCAGACUCCAUACUAUGACAUGGCAGCCACUGAGCCCUCUCCCUACACUGACAAACUGAAUGAGGAUCAAGGUCUUCGUAGACGUAACGAGCGAGAGUGGACAAACUUUGGAAAGUGUCACUCAGAGAUAUCGAAUGCGAGUGAUUACCUGACCCGCUGUUACUCACAUGAAGAUCGAUAUCUGGAGAAGAUCCCUCAUGUCUAUACCCCAUUGUCAGAUCUCCCACAAGAUCUUUAUCCUCAUCAUUCUGACAUCUUCUGCUGCCCGCCUCCCGGUUCCCGGGCUCCUUACAUCUGUCCUAAGGAACAGUAUGUUUAAAGUGUCAACACAGCAAAAUGAAGAAGCUAAUGUUUUUCACUUCUCUUGACCCUGUUGCUCAACAACCAAGGCCUUUUAGAUCCCCCAUUUGCCAUUGCUUAUUUUAUUUAUUGAUUUUUAAAUUUUGGUGCAAUUGUAAUUGACAUGAUUAGGCUAAGUAUCUGCCUGGCUUGCUAAUGCUCAAGGGAACACUCUGCCUUUGCCCACGUCUCAUUCAGUACUUGCAUCUUUCUUUUCUCGUCCUGGCCCUCCUGUAUCAAGCUGGCUAUGUGUGUGCAUGUGUAUGUGGGUGACAGCUGCCCUGUGUUGGAUGGGGUGUGCCCAACGUGAUUAAAUGUCCGUAGGUUCCCUUGUGUCAAUCUCUACACUGUUUGCACCAGAGUAGCUGGGUGUGGAUUCUUCACAGCCCUUGUUCCAGCUUGUGUAAAGUUUUAUAGCACAGCCAGUGCUCAAAUCUGAGGCUGUAGCAUUUUUUUCCCCUCCUUUGGAGAAAUUCGUUUCCCCUUUGACAGUGGGGAUAGGAACCCCCUGUUGUGAAGAGCUAAACAGACAAGAUUGCUGAACCAAAUAAUAAGAUGCUUAUAAUGAAAAGAUGCUCAAAACCAACCCAAGAAUGGAGAAAAGGGCUUGGUUUAGGGGUUUUGUUUCUGUCCUUUUUCCCUCCUGCUCCCACUCCCAAUCUCUUGGAUUGACUCUUUCAAAUCCAGACAGCAUGAGGACAUAUUUUGAAGCCAACAUAUUUGGAGAAAGCAUCCUUUAAUCAACCAUCUUACAACCUGAAACCCAAAGGGAAAAAAAAAAUUAGAAAGGAAAACAUUCUCUCUAAUUUUCCUUUUCAAAGCCUAACGUGACCCCCCACUAACUUCCCUCCCUCUCUUCUUUGCAUCUGUUGAUUGGAAUUUUAAAAUUAACUCAGGCAGAAUAUAAAGACUAAAUCAUGACUUCAGGUAAUCUUCUUGCUCUUAAUGAAGGAUAAAAGCCAACAGAGGAAUCUGGCCUUUUAACUUUUUUAAAAGCAUCUUAGUUUUGGGACUACAAAUUUUUUGAUAUUGGAAUGUGUGUGGGUGUGUAAAUCCAAAUGUGUACAUUCCUGUGACCACAAAGUGUUUUAGGGAAGGGAAUUUAUCUCCACAUCACAUUUGUGUUCACUUGUAUUAGAGAAAAAAUAAAUAUAGAUAUACACUUAAUUGUAUAUAAAAGCAAAGAAGAGGAGAAAAAGGAAUGAACAUCCUGUCUAAGAGCUUGGUUUCAAGGAUAACUUUCAUCUGUUUCACCCAGGUAUGGCAUAGAAGAGAUGACGGCUGGGACAGUUCUGAACAAGGGGAUAUGCCUUCUUGGCGAAUGGGCAUUUACUUUCCUUUGUCUCAGGUUGGGUAUUUGGUAUUCUUCAGACAUUGCACACUUAUCACUCUGGAAACAAUGAGGAUGUUUGAGCAAAGUGCAUGUGGGAGGGAGAGAUGGGGACCACACCAUUAUCCUGCUGCUCAGACACCAAACGUUUCAGUGCUACUUGUACAAAUAAGAAGUGAAACUACCAUCAAGAUGAAAGCCUCCCUGUAAGAGGAGGCGUGAAUACUGUGUUGGAUGCUACCAGCCCAGCUCCUGCCCUUUUAUUUUUGUAUAUCUGAAUCUAAACAGCUAUAGUUGUUCUAUGCACUUUCUGUGUUCCCAUCACCUAGAGUAGCCUCAAGACUCAUCCUGCCUGUCCCUCUUCCUCCACAGAGAAGCACAUCUGUGUUCACACUACCUCAUGAAUUCCCUGCAGGCUAAUAAAUAGAUCUCUAUAUAAGAGAGAAGUUUAUACUUCAGUUAGUUAGGCAGUAUAGCACUGUGAGAGGAUGACACCACAUGCAUGUAUCCCCCUGGGCCCUUGCACAGCAAACAACACACCCUUGGAGAACCGACUCUUCCCAUCCCUCUUCCCCUGCUUCCCUGGUGCACGUUGCCACUUUGUGCUUUGUGGAGACAGCAAGGUAGCUUGUCACAAGGACAAGAUUUCGUCUCUGUCGUGGGAAAUCACUGCACAAUAUGGGGAGGUGGUUUCCCACUAGAUUGACAGGUUGCUGUAUCAGCUAGGUGACCUGGCUCCGCUUGGCUGAGUGAAGUGUGGAUGAAAGGGCACUGAUGCAUUACUUGGCCAAGCUAAAAUGGCCAGUACCUCUAACGGGCAUAGCAGCUUUCAUAUGUGCUAGUUCAUGGAGUGCUCUCAUUCCCGAAGGAUGAGGGGACUACACAGACAUAGCCUUAGAGCAUUAAGCACAACUUUUCCACUACCAUCUUUUUGGUCUUGACUGAUGGAACCCUUUUUGGAUGUGGAGUCAUUUGGAUUCACAUUUCUGCCAGCCUCCAGAGAAUUCAGCCAGUCAUUUCCUUACACCAAUGGACUCCAGUGCUACAUGUCUUGAUUCAGAUAAUGUUUUUCUCUCUCUUGUUUUCUUCUCAACAUACCUUGGGAUACUUUCUGGUUAGCACCGAGCUGGAAAUUGGGUGUGCUCUGAACUGAAGCCACAGCCAACACAUUCAUCCCAGCAAGGGAACCAUGCUUUGGAGUCUGUGAAAUCUGCCUUUGGUCCCUCUGGAAAGGUGAUGAGGUGCUGGAAAACCCAGGGGUCUCUGACAUCCUGGAAUCAACCCAGCAACACUGACCAUAGAGAAAAAGCAAGCAGAAGUCCAUUACGCGCUUCCCUAUUUGCAUGCCUGUAAUAGCAGGAUGCUGCCUGCACAGCAGCAAUUAAAAUAUAUUUGAUUGGGAGCCUUCACCUGAUGCAGUUUCAGACAGAUCUAAGAGUUUAAAUGAGAAGUGGAAUAUGGUGAGGCCUUCAGAUACAUAAGGAAACAAAUUAGACAAAAUGGUUGCCUGCCAGAGGAAGCAGAGAACAUGUUGCAGGUGGUUUUCUCUGCUGCCUUUGGCUGGAGGAACGAUGCUUUGAUGAGGAAGGGGAAGGCAGAGAUAGAUACUGCAGCAUUACAGAGAAACUCUGGUUCCUUGUGCAGCUUUGAAUUUGAGCUGCCCACAGAAGACUGCCACAAAGGGUUUUACUGUGCUUUUCAGCAAAGCGAAAGCAUUUCAAUCCUCCUUAGAAGGGGAAAAAGCAAGAAAAGCCUAAAUUCAAAGCAGUAGUUUGACUUAUGCCAGCACGUAUAUUAAGCUAAGGAAUGUCAUGGUUCUUUAUGCCUCUUAACGUUCUCUCUUCUCCUUAAGAACUGGGUUGGUCUCAAAAAAAUGGCAAAAGAGAGUCUCCACACACCAAAUUCCUUUCUCCCCUAGGAGAAGAGGGAAAACCCCUGAAAAAAAACCCUGAAGAAAGAGAUAAUGAGAUUCAAGUCCGUUGUUUCGGUUUUAUAAAGCUGCAUUUAGAAAUGGUUCUGAUUCAGGGCCCUCUUUCUCCCUUUCCCUACAGUUGCACAACGUUUGCCUAAUGGCUAUUUCCAAACUUUGCUGCACCUGUUGCCAUGGGCUUAACGCUGGCUUUGCUCCAUGAUAAGGCUACCCAUGUCUGUGGUGACCUCACAGGUGCAGAAAUCCUGCUGCAGCAAUGCUAAGGAGAGGUGUUUCCCUCCUGCCAUGGUGCAAAUCGAUUUUAAAAGAUCCCUUCUCCGGGGACAGAGCCAUCCAGUAACAUUGUUGGGCGCAGAUGGCUGAACAAGUUGAACAGGAAACUGGUGGUGUGAUCAUGCAUCCAGUGGGCUAGCAGUAUAUGGGAGUUUAUUUCUGUGUCUUACUGGUGUGAGACAUGGAGCCAUUCUUCCUGUUACUGGGGUGAAAUGUCAUAACUUCUGUUCCAUAUGUUGGUGGCACUGACACAGGAGCUCUGGCAGAUGAAAAAAGACUGAUCACAGAACUUAAAUAAAA